CGAAAGUCUGCUAAGAUGUCUGUGCACAGGGAGAAAAUUGACGUUACCCAAUUGCCACAUCACUUUGAUGGUAAAGUUCAGUUGGCUGUGAUCGGUGGUACUGGUUUGUACGACUUGCCCAACUUGAAGCCAGUUGCUAGAUUGACCAUUUCAACUCCCUGGGGUUUUCCUUCUGGCCCAAUUACCAUUUCCGAGACUGAGAGUGGAUUUCCUGUUGCUUUCUUGGCCAGACACGGUCAACAUCAUGACUUGUUACCUUCGGAUGUACCCUCUAGAGCAAACAUUGCUGCUUUGAAGAGCAUCGGGGUCAAGGCUAUCAUUGCCUUUUCUGCUGUUGGAUCCCUUCAACCUGAGAUAAAGCCUCGUGACUUCGUUGUUCCAACCCAAGUCAUUGACAGAACCAAGGGAAUCAGACCUUCGACAUUUUUUGAAAAAGGGUUCGUUGCCCAUGCCAUGUUCGGUGAGCCAUUUGACCUCAAGUUAAACAAGUUGAUCUCUGACAAUAUUCCUUCCGAAGGUUUCUUGGAAGGCUUUGAUUCCGGAGCUACUCCGGUUUUGCAUUCCAAGGAGAAGACCAACAAGGGAGAGGACUUGACUAUCAUCUGUAUGGAAGGUCCUCAGUUCAGUACGAGAGCCGAGUCUAGAUUGUACAGAUCCUGGGGAGGCUCUGUUAUCAACAUGUCUGUGUUACCAGAAGCUAAGUUGGCACGUGAAGCAGAAAUCGCCUACCAGAUGAUUUGUAUGUCUACUGAUUACGAUUCGUGGAACGAAGACGAAGAGCCAGUGACAGUUGAAACAGUCGUAGGAAACUUGAAGGCAAACUCUGCAAACGCUUGUAAGUUAGCUGCAAAAUUGAUCGAUCUCGUCAGCGACGAGUUCAACAAUGGUACCGGAUUGGGCGACGAUUUGGUGGGCUCGAUGAAGUUCUCGGUAUCCACCAGCACUCACGGUGUUAAGAAGGAGCUCUUAGAAAAGAUGCACUUCUUAUUUCCUGGCUACUGGCCCAUUCACUAGAGAUAGAUCUGAGCUAAUACAGAUUUAUGUAUUAUUACUUCUGAUUAUUGCUUGAGGUUCACAUAUAAUUAUUAUUGGUGCAUUUGUCGUUGUUCUAGAUAUUUUUUGCUACUUACAUAUAAUUAAUGCUAUAGAU